GUUUGGGGUGAUUUAUAUGGGAUUUAUUGGGGUUUGGGAUGGUUUAUAUGGUCACUGAACUGCCGGCCGAGUGCGGCUUCUGCGCCCGCCAAUUCCCGCGGUCACUGCUGGAGCGGCACCAGAAUGAGCAGUGCCAGGACACGGUGACCCAGUGCAAGUACAAGCGCAUCGGCUGCCCCUGGCAGGGUCCUUUCCACGAGCUGUCGGUGCACGAGGCCGAGUGCACGCACCCGACCAAGACGGGCAACGAGCUGAUGGACAUCCUGGACGAGAUGGACCAAACGCGCAAAAAAGAGAUGCAGCUCUACAACAGCAUCUUCAGCCUGCUCAGCUUCGAGAAAAUCGGAUAUACAGGUAGGGGGAGACACCCAAAAUUUACAGAAUUUAACCCAAAAAAAUCCCGGAAAAAAUCCCUGAAAAAAUCCCCCCAAAAAUCGCGAAAAUAUUCCCAAAAAAUCCCGAGAAUUCCCCAUAAUGCAGCUCUACAACAGCAUCUUCAGCCUGCUCAGCUUCGAGAAAAUCGGAUAUACAGGUAGGGAGAAAUGGUAAAAUUAGUGAAAUUUAACCCAAAA